AUGUCUAGGAUAGAGCUACUUGAAGAUUUCAAAUUUAGUUGCUUGCUAAAUUCAGAUACUCAAACCAAAACAAUUGCAGUUUUGGGUACAAUAAAACAAGAUAGAGCCAUUAUUGUCAUUGAAAAAACUCCAUUCAACGUUGACUUAUUCACAAAGGACGGCGGCGGCGGCAGCAGCAGCAGUAAUGAUGAUAAUCCUAUAUCGAUCUUGCUCAAAGAUUUACGGGAGAUCAAUUCGAAUGAUGUUUACACUUGGGCUAAAGCUACGUUGAAACAGAAUUUGUCAGAUCUUCCUGGAGCCAAGUUCAAUCUCAUAUACCCUGCAACAGAAACACAUAUUGAAAAGUAUACAAGCCAAAAGCUACAUUACGUUCGUGAGACGCUGGAAAUGUAUUACAAGUAUGUUGUCCCAUACAUAGAAACAAUGAAGGGCGAUCGAAUGCAAUGGGUUUACAACAUAUUGUUUCAUGAAAAAGAAAAGGAAACAGUUAUUUACCAUGACAAAAGUGAAAAUGGGUUUGUACUAUUACCCGAUAUGAAGUGGGAUGGUGUUAAUUUACAAAACAUGUAUUUAUGUUGCAUAGUCAAUAGAAGAGACAUUGCAUCUAUCAGAGACUUGAAGGGAGAGCACACAAACUAUUUAAAAAGGAUUCGAGAAAAAAUCGAGCAAGUAACGAAAACCAACUAUGGCUUAACCAGGGACAAGAUUAGAAUCUUUGUUCACUACCAACCCAGUUAUUACCACUUCCAUCUACAUGUAGUUAAUGUUGAACAUCCUGGUUUGGGAAAUGGAAUAAACAUUGGAAAGGCUAUAUUUUUAGAUGAUGUGAUUGACAAUUUAAGAUUGAACGAGCACUAUUAUCAGGAAAAAACUAUUGGGUACAUUUUAGGUGAGAGUCAUGCUCUUUGGAAAACGGAUGGAUAUAGAAACCUUGUUUUAAAUACGAGGCACUGA